UUGGGUGACAGCUGCUUAAUCUGAACGAUGAGCAUGUUACAUACAGCCUAAGCGUUUAUUCAUGGGAGCACGGAUAUAAACAUCGUGUUGAGAAAAGCACAGCAACCCGAAAUGCAUUGAAAGACCUGUCUGGAACGGAGGACUCGUCUGAAUCCUCGGUAGCGUGAAAACAAUAACAUUUUCGAAGAUCCAUUCAACUCACACCUUUGUUAUCAUUAGGAUAAACUGCAAAUGACAGAAAACCCCUUUGUACAGAGAACAUCGUCCAUAGACUGCAAUCAUACCACUGUACACAGAACAUAGAACCAGCCUUUCCUGUGGAAAGCAUUUGUGAUUAUUUUAUACAUCUUUCAUAAAGUUUGUCGCUGCACCCCCUAUUGGGGCCAUGCCCCACCUGAUAAACAAUGACACCUCCUUCAGCUCCAAACAAGAGCUUCUGGUCCUACAGGACAGUCCACUGGGACCCAGUCCUGACACUCCCAGCCCGCUGGAGUCACAGGGCUCUGGUUCAGGCAGCCCAUCUGCAGAUGCCCACACUGUGAUCCAAAAGACCAACAAAUUAGGGGCUGAGCUCACAGAGCCACCCCUCGGGAUAAAGUUUGUCCCCACGGACUCUGAUAAUCUUUGUGGAUGGGGAGCAUUGACUCCACAGUUUACUCAGACCUUCAAUACCCCCCGCUGGGUUCUCUUCUUCCUCUGUGUGGCCUCCUUCCUCCAGGGCAUGAUUAUUAAUGGCUUCAUCAACACUGUCAUCACCUCCAUCGAGAGACGUUUUGACCUCCGCAGCUACCAGGCGGGACUCAUUGCGAGCUCCUAUGACAUUGCUGCUUGUGUUUGUCUGACAUUCGUAAGCUACUUUGGUGGUACUGGCCAUAAACCUCGAUGGCUGGGCUGGGGUGUGCUGAUCAUGGCACUGGGGUCACUGGUCUUUGCCCUCCCCCAUUUCACAACACCACCCUAUCAUGCGAGAGUACCGGAGCACAUGGGACUGUGCUCAGCCAAUCACACGGAGACGUGUGUAGGUGAAGAAGGAGGGCUCUCAGCUUACCGCUAUGUCUUUAUGCUGGGACAGUUUCUACAUGGGGUCGGGGCAACCCCUUUGUACACACUCGGGGUCACCUAUCUUGAUGAAAAUGUCAAGUCAAACUACGCACCUGUAUAUAUAGGGAUCUUCUACACUGCUGCCAUUGUAGGACCUGCAGCCGGAUACUUGCUGGGUGGAUUCUUUCUGAACAUUUACACAGAGAUCGACCAAACGACAGAGCUGACUCCAGAGAACCCACUUUGGGUGGGGGCAUGGUGGAUUGGUUUCCUGGCCGGAGGGGCGGCAGCUCUGCUUAUUGCCUUGCCUAUACUGGGUUACCCACGCCAGUUACCAGGCUCUCAGCGAUAUGUGGCUAUGCGUGUCUCAGAGGCCCACCAGCUGAAGGAUGGCAGUCAGCUGACCGCGUCUGAUCCUCAGUUUGGAAAAACAGUGAAGGACAUGCCAAGAUCUAUGCUGCUUCUCUUGAGGAACCCUACCUUUAUCUUUUUGUGUCUUGCUGGAGCCACAGAGGCCACGCUCAUAGCCGGGAUGUCCACAUUUGGCCCCAAAUUUCUGGAGUCUCAGUUUAGCCUGAGUGCUUCAGAGGCAGCAACUUGGUUUGGGUAUAUGGUGGUGCCAGCAGGUGGUGGUGGCACCUUCCUGGGUGGCUACAUUGUAAAGAAGCUAAACCUCCGCUGUCGUGGAAUCAUCCGUUUCUGCAUGCUGUGUGCGCUGGUCAGUCUGAUGGCCAUCUUCAUCUUUCUGCUACAUUGUCCUAAUGUGCCCAUGGCAGGAGUGACUGCUCCCUACUACAGCAGUUUACCUCAAAACCACUACAGCACCCCAUACCUGCAGACAGACAGCCAGAGCCACAACAGCAGCCUGUCAGAGCUGGGCAACCUGACCGUGGGCUGUAACGUUGGAUGUCACUGUGUUAAGGAUUUGUUUAACCCUGUGUGUGGUGCAGAUGGAGUGAUGUAUUUCUCUCCCUGCCAUGCCGGCUGCAGGUCCAUUAACCACACAUACAGCCCCAGGGAUAGACAGGUGUUCUCUGGUUGUAGCUGUAUAGUAGGGAAUGUGUCAUGGGGAGAGGAGGGUUUUGCUGAAGAAGGGAAGUGUGUGUCAUCCUGCAAUCACAUGCCAGCCUUCCUCACCUUCCUUUUCGUUGUCAUCUUCUUCACUUUCCUUUGCAGCAUCCCUGCACUCACUGCCACACUCAGGUGUGUUCCUGACAGUCAAAGAUCAUUUGGACUUGGAAUCCAGUGGAUUGUAGUAAGAACACUAGGGGGGAUCCCUGGACCCAUAGCGUUCGGUUCAGUGAUUGACAUCUCCUGUCUGCUGUGGGAGGAGCAGUGUGGGGAAUAUGGCUCAUGUUACCUGUACCAUAACUCAGCUAUGAGCCAGUACUCACUCAUUGCAGGCAUCAUCUACAAGGUUUUAGGCACUCUGUUCUUCUUGCUGGCCAGCGUUCUUUACCAGCCACCACCCGAGUCUCCUCAGAGCAGCUGUGAGAGCACAGAUGUGGGAGGACAUGAUCUGCCAAUCAAAGACCUUCCCCCUGAAAUCAUCUCCAACCCACAUGCCAAGUUAUGACCCCAGACUGCUAAUACACUGACACCUCAACUGAAAAUGUGCGAGUAUACAUUUGUGUAUGUGAAUAAGGUCAAACCAUCACGGUUCACUGUGCCCAUGUCAUUUCAGCUGUACACUGUUCAGACCCAUCAUGCAGUUAUGGGUCUGUAAUUCUCAUAUACUGUCAUCUCACCAGACUAAUUGUCUUCUAUUCAAAACAAGAGACACAAUUUAAUAGCAUCUCUGUCACAAUGAGUGACCAAAGGUCAGAGGUGAAAUGUCGCAAUGGGACCAAAAGUGCUGUAGGGGUUAUUUAUGAAAGGUGUUUCAACUCAAGAUUGUUUUAAAUACAAGAUCUAACAAUAAAACAUUUAACAUUUUCACCACAGCAUGAGUUAAACCAUAACCUACCAAAAGAAAACAAUAUUAAUUUGAGAAAAUACAAUGGGUUUAUAAUGAGAUUGUUGUUUAGAUGGGAAAUUGCAAUGUUUUUUUUUUUUUUUUUUUUUUUUUUUUUGUAAGGAAAAAGACAUAUAGUUGAAGUCAGAAGUUUACAGACAUUUAGGUUGAAGUCAUUAAAACUCAUUUUUUAACCACUCCACAGAUUUCAUAUUACCAAACUAUAGUUUUGGCAAGUCGUUUAGGACAUCUACUUUGUGCAUGACGCAUGUAAUUUUUCCAACAGUUGUUUACAGACAGAUUGUUUCACUUUUAAUUGACUAUAUCACAAUUCCAGUGGGUCAGAAGUUUACAUACACUAAGUUAACUGCCUUUAAUCAGCUUGGAAAAUUCCAGAAAAAUGAUGUCAAGCCUUUAGGAAAUUAGCCAAUUAGCUUCUGAUAUGCUAAUUGGCAUCAAUUGGAGGUGUACCUGUGGAUGUAUUUUAUCUCUUUGCUUGAUAUUAUGGGAAAAUCAAAAGAAAUCUGCCAAGACCUCAGAAAAACAUUUGUGGACCUCCACAAGUCAUCCUUGGGAGCAAUUUCCAAAUGCCUGAAGGCACCACGUUCAGCUGUACAAACAAUAGUACGCAAGUAUAAACACCAUGCCAUCAUACCGCUCAGGAAGGAGACGCAUUCUGUCUCCUAGAGAUGAAUGUAGUUUGGUGUGAAAAGUGCAAAUCAAUCCCAGAACAACAGCAAAUGACCUUGUGAAGAUGCUGGAGGAAACAGGUAGGCAAGUAUCUAUAUCCACAGUAAAACUAGUCCUGUAUCAGCAUAUCCUGAAAGGCUGCUCAGCAAGGAAGAAGCCACUGCUCCAAAAAAGCCAGACUACAGUUUGCAAGUGCACAUGGGGACAAAGAUCUUACUUUUUGGAGAAAUGUCUUCUGGUCUGAGGAAACAAAAAUUGAACUGUUUGGCCAUAAUGACCAUCGUUAUGUUUGGAGGAAAAAGGGUGAGGCUUGCAGGCCUCAUGUUGUGGCAGCAUCAUGUUGUGGGGGGUGCUUUGCUGCAGGAGGGACUGGUGUACUUCACAAAAUAGAUGGCAUCAUGAGGAAGGAAAAGUAUGUGGAUAUAUUGAAGCAACAUCUCAAGACAUCAGCCAGGAAGUUAAAGCUCGUCGCAAAUGGGUCUUCCAAAUGGACAAUGAUCCCAAGCAUACCUCCAAAGUUGUGGCAAAUGGCUUAAGGACAACAAAGUCAAGGUAUUGGAGUGGUCAUCACAAAGCCCUGACCUCAAUCCAAUAGAAAAUUUGUGGGCAGAACUGAAAAAGCAUGUGCAAGCAAGGAGGCAGACAAACCUGUUACACCAGUUCUGUCUGGAGGAAUGGGCCAAAAUUCCAGGAAUUUAUUGUGAGAAACAUGUGGAAGGCUACCCAAAAUGUUUGACCCAAGUUAAACAAUUUAAAGGCAAUGCUACCAAAUACUAAUAAAGUGUAUGUAAACCUCUUGACCCGCUGAAAAUGUGAUGAAAGAAAUAAAAGGUGAAAUAAAUCAUUGUCUCUACUAUUAUUCUGACAUAUCACUUUUUUUUUUCCUCCCCUUUUUCUCCCCAAUUUGGAAUGCCCAAUUUCCAAUGCGCUCUAGGUCCUCGUGGUGGCGUAAUGACUCGCCUCAAUCCAGGUGGCGGAGGACGAAUCUCAGUUGCCUCCACAUCUGAGACCGUCAAUCCAUGCAUCUUAUCACGUGACUUGAGCGCGUUACCACGGAGACAUAGUGCUUGUGGAGACUUCGCUAUUCGCAUCCAUGCAUAACUCGCCACGCACCCCACCGAGAGCGAGAACCACAUUAUAGCGACCACGAGGAGGUUACCCCAGGUGACUCUACCCUCCCUAACAACCGAGCCAAUUUGGUUGCUUAGGAGACCUUAGGAGGCUGGAGUCACUCAGCACACCCUAGAUUCAAACUCGCGACUCCAGGGAUGGUAGUCAGCAUCUUAACUCGCUGAGCUUACCAGACCCUGACAUUUCACAUUCUUAAAAUAAAGUAGUGAUCCUAACUCACCUAAGACAGGGAAUGUUUUCUACGAUUAAAUGCCAGGAAUUGUGAAAAACUGAGUUUAAAUGUAUUUGGCUAAGGUGUAUGUAAAUUCUGACUUUAACUGUAUAUGAUAUAGAAAAAGAGCACUUAAUAUAAAUAUGAUGAACAGAGAGAAAUAAUAUAAAACAGUACAGGUAUUAAAAGUAUUAAUCUAUUAAAAAUAUAUUAUUAAGAUGGACUCAAAUGUUGCUGAAUUACACCUAAAGAAAAGCUGAUAAUUAGUUACAAACUGUGCCUUUAAAGAGUUUAGCACCAGUUGGUACAGCUAGAUAAAGAGAUUACAGUUCAAGAAAAUAUUCAUUGUAAAUCUCUCUAAAUUGAACUUUAACACAUUCACUUUACACAUGGAAAUACACAGCAUCUUAACCAUGUAUAGCACUGAACUAUGUGCCAUUAAGUCAAGUUUUGUCCUGCAAUGCCAUAUUAGGCAGUUCUAGUCAACAUUCUGCCAGCAUGUGUCAUUCUUGUAUUUGAUUUCAUACAUUUUGAAAAUCUUUCACAUUUUAUUUUAAUAUGUGCCAAAAUACUGUAGCUCAGGACUGAGAGGCUUUGUGAUGUGAGAUCACAUAGAGAUGCAAAUGAGAGAUGAAGAAGGAGCAGGUUUUAAAAUGAAUCUUUUGUACUUUUGCAUGUUGAGUCUGAUAUUGCAUAGAGAAAGAAGCAUUUACUCUCCAGGAUGGGAUAUUCCUGAAAAGCAUUUCACCUUGAGUUUACACAGAAAACUAUUCUAAGAGAUAUUCAUCUGCAGUUUUGUAAAACGAAAAAUGUAAGAUAAACAGAAACAUCUCUUUGUGAUUAUUAAUGGAAUAGUUCACCCAAAAAUGAAGAUUCAUAAACUUAUUCAUUUUUCUUUCUUAUUUGGAACACAAUGAGAAAUAUUGAACACAGCUUUUUUUAUAUAUAUAUACAUUAAAGUGAAUGGUGACUGAGUUCUGUCUGACAUCUCUUUUUAUGUUCUGAAGAAAAAAGUAAUAUGGGUUUGAAACUACAUUUGGGUAAAAGAUGACAGAAUUUUCCUUUUUGAGUGAGCACUCCCUAAAACAGCAGAGUCAGUAGGGGUUUUCUCUGGUUGAGCAUGGCUCUACCCUGUUUGAAUUAAGCAGUCGAGCUGCUUGAGUCCAAAUAUGAGAAGCAUAACUGAUAUCUGCUUAAUAAACAUAAUUUGCUUUUAUUAUUUAAGUGCUACUAAAUGCAUCUCACCAAUGAUACUUUAUGUGGAAGUUUUCUAUUUAUUAAAUGCAUUGGUUAUAAUAAAUUUUGUCAGAUUGUACCAGUCUGAAUGAAUGUGUAUUAUUUUGCUAAUUUUUUAAUUUCCCUAAUGUGAAGGAUUUCUGCUUAAUUUACAUUGAUGGCAUACCAUGAAUGAAAAAGAUGCACUUGAAAAUUGAGGAUUUGCACAGUUAAAUUAAACAUGCAACAAAGAAAGACUAACAUGAUAUUGAAUUGUAUUUCAAUUUCUGUUGGUUCAUAUAUGGAUUUUGUGAGUUGGCCUGUUAUUGUCUUUAUUGAUAUAUGUUCAUAUGAAUUAAGAUUUCUUGCCACUGUUUCUAAACACAAUGUAAUUAGUUUUGGUACUUGUCAAGUAAUUUUUUAUGCAAAAGUCUCAAAUAAAAGUAUGUAACAACACAAUAGCAAAACAAA